ACACGUUGCUGCCGUAUGUGGGUUUAUGUAGGAGGAAGGGGGCUGUGGCUGGGCGUAGCUCCACGAGCACCACUGCCCCGAAAGCCAGCUUGGUCUGUUUGUGCAAACCGCAGUUUUUUGGGUUUCUCGUUCCUCCCGUCUGAUUUAUUGCCUGUGUUCACGUGGCCUCGAGAGGGGGAUUCUCAAAGUGUUUUUCUGCCAAAAAAGGGGGGGGAGGGGGCAGAGCAAACUGGCAAGCCUUCCUAUUUCAGCCCUGGAGUUAUGCAUUUAGGUUGAAGUCUCCCAGUGGAGAAAACAGAACAUAUAAGAAAGAAACCAGAGAGCUGGAGAUGUUGCCUGCUGGAAGGACACUGGAGUAGGGGGGCACAUUCGACCGAGAGCCGCCUUCCCCUUGAAAUCUGCCAUUUUUAAGGUGAGCGAUGUGAGGUAGCGGCGUCCGUGCCGCCGACGAGCCAGCAGACGCCCUCUCUGCCCCAGCCCCCAGGAUGUACGGCAACGACUCUGAGCCUCUCCUCCUGGCCGAGGAGCCUCUCCGGUGGCUGAAUUCAUCGCCGGCCAACGCGUCCGCCGAGCAGAACUCCUCAUCGUCCUGUUCGCUCAACAUUUCCGACUAUCAGUUCGCGCUGAUUCCCGUGCUGUACUGCGUUAUCUUUAUCCUGGGGAUUGUAGGCAACAGCAUGGUGGUGGCGGUUCUCUGCCGCCACAGGGGCUCGAAAACCGUCGCGAGCAUUUACUUGUUCAACCUGGCCACGGCAGACUUGCUGUGUCUGGCCACCCUGCCCUUUUGGGCCUCCUAUUACGCCUACGGAUACAACUGGCUCUUCGGGUCCGUGAUGUGCAAAGUGUCGAGCUCUGUUCUGUCCCUCAACAUGUUCGCGAGUAUUUUCUUCAUCACCUGCAUGAGCAUGGACCGGUACCGGGCCAUCGUGCACCCCAUCCGCUCUCAGCGGAGGACACUGCAGCAAGCGUCUGUCAUCGCGCUGGUGGUUUGGGGCCUGGCCUGUUUGUCCUCCCUGCCCACCUUCUAUUUCCGUGACACCUACUAUAUCGAGAGCCUGGGGGUGAACGCGUGCAUCAUGGCUUUCCCCAACGAGAAGUACGAGAAGUGGUCUGCCGGCAUGGCCUGGAUGAAGAACACCCUCGGCUUCCUCGUCCCCCUCAUCGUCAUCACCACGUGCUACACCUGGAUCAGGAUGCACCUGCUGAAAGCACAGGGCUUUGAGAAAAACAAGCAGAAGAGAGACCGGGUCUUGAAACUGGUGGCUGCCGUCGUGGUGGCCUUCAUGCUCUGCUGGCUCCCGUUCCACAUCCUGACCUUCCUGGACGCCCUGGUUCACAUGGGCGUCGUUAACAACUGCGACGUGAUCCGAGUUAUUGACACCGCGUUGCCCUUUGGCAUCUGCCUGGGGUUUGCCAACAGCUGCAUCAACCCCCUGUUGUACGGCUUCAUUGGAAACCAGUUCCAAGAGAGGCUCCACCACUUAUUUAAACUGCGAGUCUACCAGUUUAGCAACAGGGAGAGCUCCUCGUCAAGGAAAGGGAGUUACCUUAAAGAUGCGGAGACCUACGGGAACUGUGAAAAAGGAAGAGGACCGGGAACCGGCUGCUGAGAAGGAGCCUGCGUCGUGCUCUUGCUUUACCCGUUCCUGUACGUCUGAGUGCAGACCGUUCAGAGUAAACGUAUAAGUAAAUAUGUAAAUGACACUGCAACUAUAAAAUGAUGGGGGGGAGGUCACACGACUGUUGUUUAAUACAAGGAUGACGAAUUGAUGCGAACAAAAGAUUGUGAAAUAGAUGCACGUGCAUAAUAUACUAAAUGUUAUAAAGCUGCCUUCCUACAGGAAACGGCCUGGCGUGUUCGCAAGCUGUCGGUCACACGAUCCAAGGAGUUAAUAAAGCAAUGCAGAUAUGACUGUG